UUUUAAAUGAAAUCAUUGCUGCUAUUAUCGUUUCUUGUAUCUGUUAGAUGCUCUUGCUGUAAGAAUAUAAAUACUUUUAGAUUUUACAUAAUAUGGAACAUUAUAUUAUUGUGAAGAAUGUUGCUUUUGGUCUGAUGGAGAUUGGCAUUGCGAGUCAUAUCAAUAUUGUUACACUUUUUUAGGAAUUCUUUUAGCUAUUUGGUUAGUUAUAUUUGCAAUUUAUGGAUUCCUUUAUUUUAAUGCAAAAAAUAAAACAGCAAAAAGACUAAGAGCUAUUUUUGAGAGAUCUUAAAAUUGUUUAAAUAAUUAUAAUUAAAAUGAGAUACCAUAGUAUAAUAAUUAAACCACAGAAAUUGCACAAAUUAAUAUGGUUGAGUUUAAGCAAUCAAAUUUAUGA